ACAACUUCAUUUAGUACAAUACAAAAAAUAUUUCCUUAAAAUAUCUCAUCAAACAUUAAAUAAAUCCAGAACUACAAUGAAGCAUAUGAAAUUUUUAGCAAGAACUGUUCUUGUUAAUAACAAUAAUAUAGAAGAAGCUUGUCGUGUGUUAAAUAGAAUUCUGGGAAAAGAAGAAAUCUUGGACCAAUAUCGCCGGACUCGAUACUAUGAAAAACCUUUCCAGGUACGAAGACGUAUAAAUUUCGAAAGAUGUAAAGCGAUUUAUAAUGAGGACAUGGACCGUAAGAUCCAAUUCGUCCUGAGGAAGAAUCGAGUGGAACCUUUCCCAGGAUGUUCUUGAACUUGACAAUUAAUAUCUUUGAAGUGUAGAAAGGAAUAUUAUAAUAAAUAUUAGAUAUGUAUCUUAAUAAUUGAACUGACGAAAUUCCAAG